UUCCAGGCUCCGCACCGGGACGCGCGGCUCGCGGUCCCCGCCCAGCGGUCAGCACACCCACGGAGGCGGUACCUGGGCGGGGCUAGAAGCCGCGGGAACCCCGGGUCCACCUUCUCCGCAAGCUGCUUAGCGCUCGCCAUGGCCCCGGCGCUGCUGCUGGUCCCGGCGGCCCUCGCCUCCUUCAUCCUGGCCUUUGGCACCGGAGUGGAGUUCGUGCGCUUCACCUCCCUGCGGCCGCUGCUUGGAGGGAUCUCGGAGUCUGGCGGUCCGGAGACCCGCCAUGGGUGGCUGGCUGCCUUGCAGGACCGAAGCAUUCUGACCUCCCUGGCCUGGGAUCUUGGGCUUCUGCUAUUGUUUGUGGUACAACACAGCCUCAUGGCAACUGAGACAGUGAAGGCGUGGACAUCCCGGUACUUUGGAGUCCUUCAGAGGUCACUGUAUGUGGCAUGCACUGCCCUGGCCUUGCAGCUGGUAAUGCGGUACUGGGAGACUGUACCCAGAGGCCCGGUGUUGUGGGAGGCUCGGGCUGAGCCGUGGGCCACCUGGGUGCCCCUCCUCUGCUUCGUGCUCCACGUUGUUUCCUGGCUCCUGAUCUUCAGCAUCCUUCUGGUGUUCGACUACGCCGAACUCAUGGGCCUCAAGCAGGUAUAUUACCACGUCCUGGGGCUGGGUGAACCUCUGGCCCUGAAGUCUCCUCGGGCUCUGAGGCUCUUUUCCCACCUCCGACACCCAGUGUGCGUGGAACUUCUGACAGUGCUAUGGGUGGUCCCCACGCUGGGCACGGACCGCCUUCUCCUGGCUCUUCUCCUCACCCUCUACCUUGGCUUGGCUCAUGGGCUCGACCAGCAAGAUCUCCGUUACCUCCGGUCUCAGUUACAAAGAAAGCUCCAGCUCCUCUCCAGACCCCAGGAUGGGGAAGCAGAGUGAGGAGCUGGCGGGUCCGCUGUCCCAAGGCCUAUACUUCCUCAAAAUGAAAGCCCCUUAAUCCAGGCCCUGUUGUUUUGCUUCAGACCAGAGGCUGGAAACCAUGUGCUGAAGGGACCAUCCCCUCCCCUGUUUGAGACCUCAGGUCCAGACACCCGGUCCCCUACUCUAAACUUAGAGCUUCAGCCACUUCUCACCAACCAAGAGCGGAUACAUUAUUCAUGAAUGGAAUCUCAUCUCAUCUCUUGGGGUCUCACACACACACACACACACACACACACACACACACACACACACACACACACACGCUAAGGGUUCUGCUUUGAGCACUCACUCCCCCGGCCCUGUUACUGGCUCUGCACCUCAGGGAUUCCCCUUCCUAGCUCCCACUUCAAGGAGCUAUGUCAGGGCCAGUCUGCAAGUUUUGCAGGUAGUGGCUAUCGCCUUUGCACCGCGGCUGUGCGUUUCCCCUACCCCUGCCUUACAGCUCCAUGGUGUCACCCGGUUGUUUUUUUUUUUAACUCGGUCUCUUACAGCGAUGUCUCUCGUUUUAUUUUAUUUUUAUUUUUUUUUAAUUCGGGAUGACUCAGGGCUCUCUGCUCUCCCAAAGGGUAUGCGCUGUAAAAAAAUUAAAAAUUUUUUCUACA